CUUGGCCCUCGGCCCCGGAGCCGCGGGCGCGGCCGUGGCCACCCGCCUCCAAGCGGUUCGCAGCAGCAUGGUCCCGGUGGCAGACCCCCCGCCCGAAGUGGCUACAGUCCUCAGCUACAGGAUCCCGGAAGUGCUACUCCGCGCCCCGGAAGCACUUCCUCAGAUCUCGAGUGCGUUCUAGCUCGCAUUCCGUGUAAGACGUAGAUCUGAGCGACCGAAGCCACGAACGAGAUGCCGGUGGCCGUGGGUCCCUAUGGACAGUCCCAGCCAAGCUGCUUCGACCGCGUGAAGAUGGGCUUCGUGAUGGGUUGCGCCGUGGGCAUGGCGGCGGGGGCGCUCUUCGGCACCUUUUCCUGUCUCAGGAUCGGAAUGCGGGGUCGGGAGCUGAUGGGCGGCAUCGGAAAAACCAUGAUGCAGAGUGGCGGCACCUUUGGCACAUUCAUGGCCAUCGGGAUGGGCAUCCGAUGCUAAUCAGGGCAGUGUUUGCCCACAACAUGCACCCCCUCCCAUCAGUUCCAUCCCAUGUGUACUAUAAUAAAGCAAGUCUUUGAGUAUUCAGA